AUGUCUCGCGAACAAGCAAAUGAGCUGCAAGACCGAGCCCAUGAAGCAGAAGUGUCUGGGGACUACCCAAAAGCGCUUGAACUCCAAACCGAGCUCGCAACAGUCCUCCCCACUCUGGUCGCAAACGGGGAACCAAGAUCUGACGAAGGUAGAAGAGACAAGGAGCGACUAGAAGCUACAAGGGAACGUAUAGAAAUACUUCGAAAUUUUGUACAGAAGAGAAAAGGGCCAGCCCCCAAGCCAUUGCCUUCCAAGGCGACAGUUGCAAAGGAGAUGAGGGAGCCUCCGUCUGGUACAGUCCUUUUGAGCAAGGUCGAGACGGACCACUCGGCUCCUUUGAUCGUUGCUUCAGGUUUGCCAAAUCAACCUGAUCCAAACCAAGUUGGCUCGACUUAUAUUACACCACUCCUCUCCACCUCAAUACCCGAUACGGUCUACCAUGUUUACAAGGAAAUCGAACAACGUUAUAACGGAAUGGCAAUCUUCCUCUAUAUCAAAGGGGAAGAUAAGGUCACCUAUUACACUCUUUCGGCGUUAAAAAGGUUUAAUUACCAGAUUUCCGAAAUGAGAAUGUCACGCGCAGCGGAAUAUGGGGAGGACUGUGUCGUAGUGGAUAUCGAUCCAAUUAACCCAAAGGGAUAUAGCGCUGGUGAAUUUCUCUCUGCUCACCUAAUCAGCGCAGGUGUAGGCCGGGAACAUAACGCCGCCAAGAAUGGUAGACUGGGACGCUCUAUGACCUUCCGGACAACGGCGACCUCGACGCCCAUCACAGAAACUCUCGACGGGUCUGUCGAAAGGAAGGAGUGGUGGCCUAGAAGGUUUACAUAUGGAAACCGUAGAUUCGUUUGGAGAAGGGAAGCAUUGGAAGGACUGUUUGAAGUAGAGAAGGAAUGGUCACACCCAGACGACACAUCCGAAGCCAUUCUUGACCAAACCCACGGCCGCUCACUUCUCACAUCGGUACCAAAGCUAGCAAGGAAGAAGUUGUGUACGAUCAAUAUUGUAGGAGGGUUGGAUCAGCAGUUCCGAGAAUAUCUCCUUGCCAGUCACCUCGCCCCACAGAUAAUUAUGACCCAUGGGCACACUGACAUGUAA